CCACCCCCCCCCCCCCCUCCAUCCACACCCCCUCACAGCAGAGACCUGUUUGUUUUGGUUCUGAGGAGGUCCAGCUGUGGAGUCUGAGGCUUAGUUCCACCCACCAGACCGGCAGAGGAAGGGAAGGCUUCUAAAGGUGCGCUGACAUACAGGACGUCUAUGGAUAUAUCCCCUCUGGUGAGGACCAAGUGGCAGUGAAUGCAAGUUGCUGCACUUUUUAAACUUUGUGGAAGAACCAGGAGGAAGGGGGUCUGAGGGAUGGAGCCUGCCCAGAAUGAGAGCCCCUCUCCAGGCUUCUCUAAGCCGGAGAUCAGCGAGGUGGAACCACAGAGUACUGCAAAAGUGUUCACCAUGUGGUGGCUGGUGGUGCUGACCUUCCUGGCCCAGCUGAGUCUGGUUCUCUUCGUCCUCUGGAAGUGCUGGAGAUACGACCGGACGGCGAGAGAAAAAAAACCGAAGCCAGGGUCCUACAACUUGAUGAUCAACUCCAAUCAGGAUGACAUCGUUAUCAAGACAGCGGACUCAGAGUCUCCCAGCAAUGAAGCACAAUCCUCCACAUCUCUGCUAUCGCCUGCGAUGUCUGGACCGUGUUGCUGGGUGGAGGAAGAGCGGCGGUGUUACCCCGGCAAUGGUUUCAUGCCAGGCCAACCGAUCCAUUGGGACAUUGCGUACUAUUGAUGGUAUCACUGAGAUUCAGUCCCGCUGAGGGCAAUUCUCAGAUACGUCGGAAGGGACAUUUGACGGAGUUCUAGACUUCUAGUGCGUUGUUGGCUUGAACGAGAGAACAUCGGACGACACUGGAAAGGUGAUUUCUUUCAGGAGGUACGAUUGUAGAUUUCCAACUCACCCCAGACUGCCAUGAAAACAGCGAAGAACACAGUGGCUCCGUUGUCAAAGAGAUGAGUCACCUGCAGUGUUAAAAACAUGUGUUUAACAUACAUAAACCAUAUAAAUAUAAUAGAUACUAGUGUUGAAAUGUAUAGGUCUACAAUGAUGAACAUAUAGCAUAGAAUUCAGAUGUAACAUAGGGAUAUCGAACUUGAGAGUGAUUUCUAUGCAUGACGAUAUUUUAUUGUUACUAACGUAGUGACAUUCAUUCAUCCGUUGUUUCUUAAUACUUAUUGGGUAUGUAAGAAAUCAUAUCCUCCUAUUUGUACAUUCAAACAUUUUAUCAUUGUGGCCACUUAAAUCCCAAACAUGUACAUUUUAUGUCAGCCUUACUGUGAACGUGAAAUGUGAAUAUGAUCAGGGGUCAGAAUUACGUGGCAAUGAGGGCAGAAUAUAAGAGGCCAUAAGAAAUCAAUAAAUAAUAUAUUCAAAAUUG